CCUUGCACUCCACCUCCAUCCAUCCAUCAACAACACAACACACUCACCCAUCCCAAAUUCAAAAUGUCACACCCAACAACAAUGAAAGCCUGGCUAUACAGCCACACCUCGCCCACCCUCGAACAAAACCUCACCCUCACACCCAGCGCUCCCGCUCCUCCACCCCCCAAAACCACCCAACUCCUCAUCCGCGUCCUCGCCUGCGCCCUAAACCCAGCAGAUUACAAAGUCCCCUCAAUGCCCAUCGUCUCGCGCCUCUUGAUCCGCAAACCCGCCAGUCCGUGUCUCGACUUCGCAGGCGAAAUUGUUACCCCGGGAGCCAAUGUGACGGAGUUCAGCGCGGGACAGAUUGUUUACGGAACGUUGAGUCUACCGACCCAAUUUGGGCCGUUGGGGGAGUAUAUUAUCGCCGAGGCGGAACAUGUACAAUUGGUGCCGGAGGGGGUAGAGAUCGAUCAUGCGGCGACGGUGGGGGUUGCAGGGCAGACGGCGUGGCAGGCUAUUGCGCCGUAUGUGACUGCGGAUAAAGGGGAUAAGGUGCUUAUUGUGGGUGCGUCCGGUGGAUGUGGGAUUUAUGCCGUGCAGAUUGCCAAGGCGUUGGGGUGCGAGGUGACUGCGGUGUGCUCGACCAAGAAUGUGGAGUUUGUGAAGGAAUUGGGGGCGGAUGAGGUAAUUGAUUAUGUGAAUGAGGAUGUGGUGGAGGUGUUGAAGGGAAAGGGGAAGGUGUUUCAGUUGGUGGUGGAUCAUGUGGGUGAGCCGACGGGGUUGUAUGCGGAGAGCGAGGGGUUCCUUUUGCCCGGGGGAGUGUUCACGCAGGUCGGGGCGCAUUGGAUGCCGACAUUUGUGGUGAGGAUGCUUAGGCCGCGCUUUUUGGGCGGCGGGAGCACCAAGUAUGUGCCGAUCUUUUGGAAGAGUAAUAAGAAGGAUUUGACGAAGAUGGGGGAGUUGAUCAAGGAGGGGAAGGUGAGGGUGAUCCUGGAUAGUGUGUUUGAGUAUGAGGAUGCGCCAAAGGCGUUUGAGAAGUUGAGGGGAGGAAGGGCUAGGGGGAAGAUUGUGGUUCAUGUUGCGGAGAGGAAGUAAGAGGUUAUAGUUUUGUAUUUGAAUCAUUACUAUUCGUAGGCGGUGGAUUCUAAUGCUUUAGGUGGAUGUCUGCAUGAGGUUCAUUGUCGCUCCAAGAAUGUCAGCGCUCCGAUGGACAUCGCAUCCACGGCUGUUUGAAGCGUGGGCUCGAUCACUGGCGCAAAGUAUGGCGAGUGGUUACUGGGAAGGUCCUUCACCGUGUCAUUCUUCACUGCGUCGUCCCAGGUUUGAGGAUCGACGCCGCCAUAUGUCCACAUCACGUACGGUGCGUUCACAGCUCGAGCCAAUAAUGAGAAAUCCUCACUUGCGU